GGAGCAAAGGCUGACACUACCCCGUGUGGGCGGCGGAACGUCCCGAGGAUGACGUGCGGCGUUCUCGAAUCCCGUGUCUCGCUCGCUGGCUCCUCGCUCGUUGGUGCCGAAGGAAACGGGAAAAGCAGCAAGAAGGCAAGAGGAGCAGCAGCGGCAAGAGCACGAGCGGCGAGGAGGAGGAGGAGGAGGAGGAGAAGAAGGAAAAGGAAAAGGAGAACAGCAGCAGCAGCAGCAGGAGGAGGAGGGGGAGAAGGAGGAGCGGCGGCGGCGGCGCCAUGGCGGCCCUGGAGCGGCCCGUGCCCAGUCCCGAGGCGUUCCUGGGCCAGCCCUGGGCCGCCUGGGUCCGGGAGGCCGCCCUUCCGCACACGCACUGCGCCGCCCCCCCGCACAGUAAGGGCACCCGCCAGACACAAGGAUCGGCCACAGAGGACGCUGCUCCUCUUCCCCUGAACACGCACAUGCAUCCUAGGGAGGGUGGGAAUGAGCGAGGCGGCUUGCAUGCCCUGCCUCUCUCCCCCCAGCAUUGCAUUGGGGUCUGCCCCUUCGUCACCCAGUUGCAUAGAGACCCACCCACCUAUCCUCCAUCCACCUCCUCCAUGUGCAUUGGUUGCGUUGUGCCCGUCUGCUACUGGUGCUGCUUGCAACAGUUCUGGACAUCUCUGGUUGGGCCGGCUACAUGGGGAGAGAGACUGACAGGGGGAGGGGCAAGAGGAUGCCGUUUUAUUUGGGGAUGGGGCCUGGAGAGACGGCGGUAUUUAAUAAAUUGGGCUAGGGCCACGAGACGAUGCCAUUGCAUGAGGACUGGAUGUGGGCUGGGGAGGCAUGAAGGAUGCUGUGGCCUGGGGGAAGUCUGUCUGGAGAUGCUCUUCCGUGGCAGACGCAGCGACUGUUGCCAUUUUAUUUAUUUUAUUUGGUGGUGGCUGCUGCUGCUGCUGUCUAACAGAAUGCUCCUUAAUGCCUUCAUGCUUUCAUCAAUAUAUCAAUAUACACGCUUCCUUGGUUUUCUCUGACUUUGCUUCUCUUCUGCAGGUGUAGAGCUAGAAGAGACUGGAAAAGAGGGUGGAAAAAGCAGGGAAGUGAUGAGGCUUAAUAAAGAAGGAGGGAUUAUUCUCUACAGACUUUGCUGCUGCUGUUUUCUGAACUUGAUAUGCACUUAUUUGGCCAUUAUCCAGCUCAUGAUGAUUUCUAUCUAGUAGUGUGCAAUAUCUGCAAUCAGGUAGUCAAGCCACAGGUUUUCCAGUCACACUGCGAACGAAGACACGGUUCAAUGUGUAAACCUUCCCCAUCUCCAGCUUCUCCACCCUGCAAUUCCAGGGCAUCACUAAUACAGAUGAAACCGAAAUCCUGUAUCGGCGGCCAUAACCCUGUCAGCAACAACUCAAAGCCAUUCAAAACGCCCAAAGACAAUCCACUUACCUCCACUAGCAAACAGCACAUGGUCUUUUCGUCAAAAGUAUCAAGGGAUAAACCUUGUGUUCCUGUUCCUGUAGUAAGUCUAGAGAAAAUUCCUAACCUAGUGAAGGCAGAUGGUGCCAAUGUUAAAAUGAACUCUACAACCACUACCACCAUCACCACCUCCUCAGCCUCUUCAUCCACCAUACCUGCUUCAACCUUGGUUAAAUCUGCUUUGACAUCUAAAUCAGUGCCACCAUCACCAGAAAAGAUUCUGAAUGGCAAAGGAGUUAUAGCUCCAUCAAUAGACAAGAAGCACCAAAAUGGCACUAAAAACAGUAACAAGCCUUACAAGAGACUUUCAGAAAGAGAGUUUGACCCAAAUAAACACUGUGGAGUAUUGGAUCCUGAGACAAAGAAACCCUGCACAAGAUCACUCACCUGCAAGACUCAUUCACUUAAUCAUCGGCGAGCAGUUCCAGGCCGUAAAAAACAGUUUGACAUCCUUCUAGCUGAACACAAAGCUCGAUCCCGGGAAAAAGAAGUGUCAAAAGACAAGGAGCAUCCACAGUCUAUAAGAGAAACACAUCAGAGCCAUCCUGUACCAGCACAAGACACUCUUUCGGGAGCUUCAGUGAACUGUGGGCAAGAACCUAAAGGAAUGUCACCUGGAAAAUCUAGACCACCCAAUUCGGUAUUUCCUAGACCCUCUUCUGCAAAUAGCAUAAACAGCACCAGUUCUUCAAACCACAGUGGGUAUGCACAAGAACUGCCUCUGCCUUCCAUGGGAGGAGACCUGCCUAGUAGAUUAUCCAGCGAUGAGGGGGAAGUGGAUGGAUCUGAAGAAUCCGAAAAGUUAGACUGCCACUAUUCUGGACACCAUCCCCGGCCUCUUGGGUUUUGCUCCUUUGGAAGUCAUUUGAUGGGAAGAGGGUACUACGUAUUUGAUAGAAGAUGGGAUCGUUUUCGACUUGCGCUAAAUUCCAUGGUAGAAAAACACUUAAAUUCACAAAUGUGGAAGAAAAUCCCUCCUGCAGUCGAUAGCCCUAUGCCAUCUCCUGCUGCACAUAUUGCCACCCCCUUCCCAGCAUCCGUUUUGCAACCUUUCAGCAAUCCCAGUGCCGUGUAUAUUCCUUCAACACCAGUGAGCUCAAGAAUCCCUUCUUCCUACAUAAUGACUUCAGCCAUGCUAUCAAAUGCAACUUUUGUGUCUACAUCAGAUACAAAUUCUAUUAUAUCACACACCACAGCUUUUCCUCAUAUGGCUGCCAGUCUGAGUAUACUAGAUUCAGCAUUUAAGACUCCAUCGGCAAUGUCACCAGUGCCAGCAGUCAUCCCUUCCCCAUCCCACAAGCCAUCCAAAACGAAAACCAGCAAAUCCUCAAAAGUCAGAGAUCUAUCGUGCCGCAGCGAUGAGUCUUCAAGUAUCAAAAAGAAAAAGCCACCAUCUUCCUCUUCCUCGUUAUCUUUGCAGACUUCAUCCUCUUCAUUUUCAAGAUCCCACAAAAAGAACUGUGUCUUGAACCCCAGUUCAACUUUGAACUCUUAUCAGGCGACAUCUUCCUAUAACAGUAUGUCUGUGCACAAUGCAAACAACGGAACAACCCCACUCAGUGCCAAAUCGGAGCCCUCAGGACGGACUUCGUUAUCCAGUAGCUCAGCGGACUCAGUGAAACAUAUGAGCAUUGUAGUAAGCAGUAUUGACUCUAGUUUGUCUGUACCCAACCUUGUUCACCAUUCGGGGGACCAUUCCCUGGCAGCACACAAUGCAGUGUCUUCUAUACCCCUUUGUUUUGACAAAUCAGAAGGGAAAAAACGUAAAAACUCUAGUUCUAGUAGCAAAGCCUGUAAAAUCACUAAAAUGCCUGGUAUGAAUAGUGUUCAUAAAAAGAGCACUGCCAACCUUAUUUCUACAGUGCCAGAUACUCCAAACAGCUCAAUCUCUCGGCAGAUUGGAAAAAAUAGCACUGUAACGUUGUCUCAGUCCAGUCCUUCAAGUACAUCAAAUCCAGUGCACAACAAGCAAAAGACGUUAAACCGGACUGGUAGGAUACGGACUCUUCCAUAACAAGGAAAAGCAACCAGCCUAUAAUCUGGAUCUUUUAGCAGCCCUACUCCAGAGUUUCUUGUUUUACUUUCUGUGUCCUGCAGAUAGAUUUCACUCACACAGGUGUGUGGUAUUAAAACACACACACUCUUUUUAAAAUCUACAACAAACUCGUAUUAGUGGUUUGUUUCAGUUGUUAUACAUCGGCCUCUGAUCUGUGCAAUCUGGUUUGAUUUGGAUUGAUGCCUUUUCAAGCAAAUGUUUAUGGUGUUCCCUUUUGUUUCUUGCAACAAUGAUAGCAAGUGGACAUUCCAAAAUGAUGCCAUUUGUAGUUAAACUAGAUGCCCCUUUAUCACUUCAAAUUUACAGUAACUUCUGUAUUUAUUAUUGUCCUAUGGAUAACAAAAUUGCCUAGUGCAUUUCUCAGCAGCAUAUAAUAAUUGGGGAGUAUUGUGUGCCCACAAGUUUCACUGGCAUCUGUCAUUGGUUUCAGUGUGUAGCAACUCUUGUUCAUUUAUGGUGUUCCUAAUCCUCUCAGUGCAUAGAGGGACUUAUGCACCUUGCUCCCAUUGAUAUUAUUAGCAGCACAGAUGAAAUUUUUCUCACAUGUAGAUGAAGGGCCCCAAAGAAUCCAUACUACUGUUCUCUGUAAUAAAACAAUUUGUUUUUGCAAAGACGGGAGUUGGGCAUACUGAAUUUGCAUCAGUAGAAUUGCACUGACAAUGUUUUACAGGAAUUACUGAAUACUUUUUUUUAAAUAAAAGUAGACUUUUGUAAUCUGAAAAUCAAUAAUACUAGGGUACUGCAAACUUACUACAGAGGAGUUAACUUUUAUUUCUACAGUGUUAAAAGUGCACUUAUAUGCUGGUUUAUUGAUAUCUUGGGGAAAAGGAGAAAGAAUGCAAAUAGGGAGAUGGUUACUUUUUUCUUUUUUUAAGGCAUAAGGCAGAUUUUAAACUUAUAAAAUGUUUAACAAUUGUAAACAAGACUAGGCCGUUUGGGGGGAAAUUAGAAGAUAUUCUUAAAGUAAAAUUUUAUAGUGUUAAUUUUGUAAUUUAUGUUUUGCUAUAUUUGGGGUGUAACAGGAAUUGUUUCAUGAACAAUAUGAAACUUAGGAAAGUUUAAGCAAUGUUUAUAUUUUUCCUGUACCUUGAGUUACAUUUUUAUUGUACAUCAGACUGAAAAAAUUGUACAUAUCUUUGUUAUUUUUGCACAAAUUUUUGUCUUCAGUUGUAGAAACAGAGCCUUGUUAAUUUUUUUACUAAUUUAUUUAUGUUGUACAACUGCAGGAGUUUAAAAUCUCAGUAACAACCCCCCCUCUAAUUAAUGAACUGCCAUUUCUAAUUCUAGAGGGAAAACAAUAGUGGUGAGAUUCAGUGGCUGCUUCUGAGAAUUAAUGCCAGUCCGUUACUGAAGGAGCAAUUCAGUAGUGUUAAGAAUUCCAUAGUUCUUAACAUGUACCUGUUAUGUAGGAAGCUGGACUGCAGAGAGUAUUCUUUGAAUGCUGCUUAUAUAUGUAUAUUUUCCUUUUCACUGGCUUAGGCCUGACAGCUUUUUGGAACCUAAGUAUCAAGUAAAAUCUCCCAUACUUCUGGUUUUUGUUUGUUCUCUGCAUUUUUAAAAAAAUCAUUAUUUAAUUUUAUAUUUACUAAAAUCUUCAGCCUGAAAAGUGAAAUGCAGUUUUUAAAAUGGAUAUGAACUGGACCAGCUAUAAGGUAUUAUUAGUGUAGCAUUCAUUCACAAUUCUUUUUCCUCCCCCAUUUGCCUGAAGACUUUGUGAUACGUUUCCAGCAAUAGAGGCUCAGAAGCUUUGGUUGUUACACAUACGCAAUGCAUAGGCCCGUCAGCCAUAUAUAUAUUAAAAAAAAAAAGCGACUUGGAUAACUUGUAUGCCUUCUUUUGUAUCAAUGUUAACAAUUGUACAUAGUGCUGAUCAAACUUUGUAGAGAAUAGUUUAUACAGCAUAUUCUAUUAUUGCUGAUUCUCAGUGAACUAUUGUUUAAAAGAAAAAAAAGAAAAUUUUCUAUUUACACCUUAUAUUUUGUUAUGCUGUUGACCCAUGGCACUUUAACAAAACUCUGUGGGUUUUGCAUAGCUGGUCAGUCAUGGGAAAUAUUGUUGCACAGAAAUGAAUUUGCACCUCCUCUAUUGUGCUUUCCUACUACAGAUUUUAGAAUCUUUUUCCAGAAGACUUUUGAAGAAAGCAUGUCCAAUCAUUCGAAAAGAAAAUGCCAUAUGUGUACAGUCGAUUUCUUUUCUACAGACCCAUAUUUUGUAACACUAAGUAUUUUCAUUCUUUGUUCUGCACCUUUUAUGUAUUAGCAGUAUCGGAGAGAACCCAUUCCAUGCUUGUGAUAAUUGUAAGUGUUGAAAGUAGGUGUAAAUAGUAAACUUUAUGGCUUACAGUUUUGAAAAAAGGAAAAAAAAGAACAAACAUGUAUCUGACUGAUACUGCCGUGGUUUAACACCAGGCCUGGAGAUAUUCUCUAGUGAGCGAUUGUAUUUUUUUGUGAUUUUGUUUUUGAGUUUUGUUUUUUUGUUUUUGCUUUAUUAUUAUUUUUUGUAACAUGGCUUUGUAAAUAAAAUAAUUUAUAUGUUUGUAAGAAA